AUGGCGACCCAGAUCAGCAAGAAGAGAAAGUUCGUUGCCGAUGGUGUCUUUUACGCUGAGCUGAAUGAGGUCUUAACCCGAGAGCUAGCCGAGGAUGGUUACUCUGGUGUUGAGGUCCGUGUCACUCCGAUGCGUACCGAAAUCAUCAUCAGAGCCACUCGUACCCAAAACGUUCUCGGUGAGAAGGGUAGGAGGAUUAGAGAGUUGACAUCUCUUGUUCAAAAGAGAUUCAAAUUUCCUGUGGACAGUGUUGAGCUUUACGCUGAAAAGGUUAUGAACAGAGGUCUCUGUGCCAUUGCUCAAGCUGAGUCUCUUCGUUACAAGCUUCUCGGUGGUCKYGCCGUYCGUAGGGCAUGCUAUGGUGUUUUGAGGUUUGUUAUGGAGAAUGGAGCUAAAGGAUGCGAAGUCAUUGUGAGUGGAAAACUACGUGCACAACGUGCUAAGUCGAUGAAGUUCAAGGAUGGCUACAUGGUUUCAUCAGGUCAGCCAACCAAGGAGUACAUUGAUUCUGCAGUGAGGCAUGUUAUGCUUAGACAGGGCGUGCUAGGCAUUAAGGUGAAGAUAAUGCUUGACUGGGACCCUACGGGCAAACAAGGACCGAUGACACCAUUGCCGGAUGUUGUGAUCAUCCAUCCUCCAAAGGAAGAAGGUAAAGUUACGCCUGUUCCAGAAAGUUUAGUUCUGCCUGUUCCGCCUUUUCCUGUGGCUCCGGAAGCUUCUCUAACAAGCACAGAUUACCCAGAAAUGCCAGUGGCUUAG